AUACCUGGGUUGUCAGAGCUGCCAGGUUUGAGGAGGACGUCUGCGGUCAUGUAAUGACUGAAUAGGGCUACUUUUUCCUCUGCCUUUGUCAACGUCAUUUGAAUGUACAAAAAAAGUCCUGCACGGAAACAAGAUUCUGUCGCCUCCUUAACCACAUGCUGGUGAUGUCACUAACCCCGACACAGAGUGUGAUGGUGUUUGUGCCAGAAUGAGGAGAGGUCUCGUAUUGGCAGUGCUCCUACUGCUGCCUACAGUGGUGGAGUGCAACAGUAUGUCGCCACCAGGGAAACCAGUCCUGCUUGGCUGCAGGUCCCCUGACAAGGAGACGUUUACCUGCUGGUGGGAGCCAGGCUCUGAUGGAGGGCUGCCAACAACACAUCGCCUCUUCUAUGAGAGAGAUGUGUUGGAGGGAACACAUGAGUGUCCCGACUACCUUUCAGCAGGAAGUAAUUCCUGCUUCUUUGACAAGAACCACACCUCCAUCUGGGUCUACUACUACCUGACAGUGGUGGCUUCCAAUGCACUCGGGAACACGUCCACAGACCCCUUACAGAUUGAUGUGGUGGAAAUUGUGAAACCCAAUAGUCCUGAAAACGUUACAGUGGUUGUGGAGGACAAAGAGGAUAAUCUACGGCUCCAUAUCAGAUGGGAGCAUCCCUCCAACGUGGACACCAAAUCCGGCUGGGUCACCCUUAAAUACCAGCUGAGAGUCAAACAAGAAAACAGCAACAUCUGGACGAAUUACACAUCAGGCACGCAAACCUAUUUCAUCCUGUAUAUCAUCAAUCCUGGGGUGGUGUAUAUGGUCCAAGUGCGCUGUACUCUAGACCAUGGCUACUGGAGCGAGUGGAGCAACAUUAGCUAUGUGAAAACCCCCAGCUAUCUUCAGAAUGAGAGACCCUUUUGGAUAUUGGUAACCUGCCUCGCCGCCAUUUUGUCCAUAGCAGGAAUAGGUGUUUUGGUCAUAAAGAGGAAAUACGUGGAACAUAUUAUCCUGCCACCUGUUCCUGGUCCAAAGAUAAGAGGAGUGGACGCUCAGCUUCUCAAGAGUGGGCAGUCUGAAGAUGUUCUUAAUGCCCUGAUUGUCAGCCAGAACUUUCCUCCUGUGUUGUCCUGCAAAGACCAGAUGGAGGAGUUCCUCAUUGUGUCUGACAGCAAUGACAUGCUUUUGCCAGAUCCCCUCAGUUCACAAAUGAGGAAGAAAAGCUUGGUUAUUCCUUCCACCUUCCACUUAGACUUGGAAGUCCGAUAUAAGGACUCAAAGCCAAGAGAAAGUUCCUGGAAAAGCAUGGACGAAAGGGAUCAUUUUGUAAAAAGCUUGGAGUCUCAGUCAGAACAAGAUUUAUCUAACAUGAAGUCACCCCAGCUGCUCCCUCAGAAGCAGCAGUGUCCUGGUGUGAUAAGAGAGGCGGCGGAUCAGCACCAAGGUGCAACUGUUCACACCAUGCACUGCCUCCCCAACAGCAGUUAUGUGGAUAUUCAGAGACACGACAACACGCAGAAGGUUGAUGUGCCACAGGUGAACUACAGCAGAGUAAAGGAGUUGAACAGUGACAAUGUUCUCAUCCUUGAGAAAGGAUUUCCAUCAAGUCCUGACGUUCAGAGAAGAGAGGAGAACAUACAAGAGGACUAUAGCCGGGUGAAAGAAGUGCACAAUGACAAUAUUGUCCUCCUGCAGAAACAAAAUUACUUUGUUAACUCUUCCUGUAAGGAGAAUGGCAACCACUACACAGAGUGUCCAAAUCAGAAUCCAUCUAUCCCUGGAUCAAGUAAAGUGGGAAUGUGCACAGAACUCACUGGCAAUGGAAACAUAGAUACUAUCCCUGCACCUCUGAUCUAAAGUUUUGGAUUAUAUAACAUGCAGAGAUAACACGAUAAUAAGAUAAGUCUGGGGAUACAGUGCCUAUAAAAAUCAAACCGAAAUCAAUCAUUUCAGAACAUGUUCUACCUUUGAUGUGACCUAUAACUUCUACAGGCCAACUGUAAAUAAUAUAUUAGGGGGAGGGAGGAAUAAAAGUAAGUAAAAAUAAAAAUAAUAAAAAAAAUAAAAAUAAUAACAUGCUAGCAUAAAUGUGCACACCCUUACACAAAUACUUUGUUGAACCACCUUUUGCUUUUAUUACAACCCUCCGUAUUUUUGUGUAGGAGUCUACCAACAUGGCACAUAUCAAAUUGUGAAUAUUAGCUCACUCUUCUUUGCAAAGAUACUCCAAAUCAAGGGCAUCUUGUGUGCGCCCUCUUCCAUGAGUCCGUAGUACUGGCUCUUUCAGUGCGGUUUAAUGUCAGAUAAACAAGGCUAAGUAAGUUACACAUGAGUGUAUGAACAUGUAAUACAUUAACUGGCUAUGGGCACAAUUCAGGACACACGAUGAAAAUGUGCGCAACCAUUAUAUUGGCGCCAAAUGCCAAAUGCAUGCAAGGCCAACCCAGUUUGUGAGAGAUUGUGCAAUCAGAGGAGAGGCUCAGCUCCCUGUGCUCUCUGCCUGAGGCCGCUCCUCCCUGUAUUUACACAGGAAAUACGUAGAUUCAGCGAUAUUGAAACACGAUCAAAAUUACUGGAAUCAUACAGAAAUUAAAUCUAUAUCACAGACCAAUGGACAAAUAGUACCAUUUACUUCAUCAUCAUUACUUUUCAUGAUGACAGAUGAGGCCUGCACGUCCCUGACAGCCAGUGCUUGUGAGAAACUCUUCUUUAGCUUCUUUAAUGUCGCUGUAGGCCUCUUGGCAGCCUCCCUGACCAGUUUCUUCUUGUAUUUAAGAACAUACAUAUUUACAUAAGUUUUGAUGGCCAGUUCUAGGUAAUGUCACUGUUUUUCCAUAUUUUCUAUUUCCUGACUGAUACCAUUUAAUAAAUAGAUUUGGAAGUUUUUUGCUGAGAUGUGACUAAGAACAUGUUUGAGUCUACUAAUACAGCUGAUCUUUAUCUGGGGUGAAUCAGGAGCACUUUAAAUGAUGGCAGGUGUGUACCGACUACUAUUCAACAUUCAACAUUAGUUAGUUCUGAACACAACCACAUCCCCAGAUAUAAGUGGGUGUGCACUUUUAUGGAACCACAUUUUUUCUAUUAUUAUUAUUUUUAACCUAAAAUAAUUGCACAGGUUAUAGGUCACAUUAAACUUGGAAAAAGUUCUGAAAUUAUUUAUUUUGUAUUUAUUUACAUCACAAAAACCUGGAAUUUAACAUAGGUGUGUUGUAUAUCCACAGUAUGGUCCAUGAUUAUAUUACCAUUACUUUCAGUUCAUGGGGGCAUUCAUGGGGCACCAGCUGUUGGAUGGGCUGUUGUUAAAUGUACUCCACUGACGGUAAAAUCCUCUAGCACAAAGCUUUUACUUCCUCAGUACAAUAGCGUAACAUCUCCACAAAACGUUGUCAAGGUAUUUGUGGUACCCAGAACGUGUGUCUGGUGAUCUCCUGAUGAAUCUUUUUGUGUCGUGUUGUGUUUGACAUUUGAAUAGGUUGUUGUGAAAUGUGCGACACACAUUCAGUCUCUAAAAAGACAGAGUUGCUAUGGUGACUUUUCUACUACAACCUUCACUGUGUCAGAAUUUCACAAAUUUUCAAUACUUGUAAAACUAACUGUACUUUAUUAUGAAUUCUUAAAUGUUGCCAACCAGAUAGGCUAAAUGUAGGUGCUGAACCUUGGUAGACACCUGCUAAACAUCAACUGUAAACCUCACAGAGCUGCUCAUAACUUGAAUUAAUGUUCAGUGUCAGUCUUAGUGGACUGAGCUCUAUGUCAUUACUGCUACUAUAUGCAGAUCAGAUUCUUGGUUAGUAACAAGCUGUGUUACUUGUCCAACAGUUAAUAAUAGAGAUGUAGUCUGUUUUUUUCUUUUCGCUGUAGGCCAAGUUAAUUUCCUGCCUGUCCGGUUUAUCAAGAAUGUAUACACCAUAAGAGACCUCAGUGUAUUUAUUUCCAAAGUACAGCAGAGUAAUACUACUGUAACACUUCAAAUAUGGCAACAUACUGUGAAAAAACAUAAAAUGUAGUCAUUCUUGCUCAAAAGAAUGUACUUGUAUUUGAUUCAUGUCAAAUAUUCACAUUAAAAAUCUAAAAAUGAACAUGUUAGUUUUCUAAUCAAGAUGAUGUUUGAUGCUUACACGUACUCCUGAUUUAAAAUCCAUGACAAAUAUACUGAGGUUCAUUCCUGAAUGUCCCAGGGGUUAUUUCCUUUAUUAAUGUUUGUGAUAAACCCGAUAAAUAAAUUAUACGGAAAUACA